GAGAAGCUGAUGUGGACUGGUCCAUCUGUAAUAAAGACUUAGAGGCACAGAUCUCCAACUAUGCAAGUGUGAGACAUACCAGCAUGCGGUACUACACAGCUGAUAAAAAUGUUAUCUGUAGAAAUUGCAGUAGACCAGGUCAUUUGUCCAAGAACUGUCCUACUCCAAAGAAAGUUCCCCCUUGUUGCCUGUGUGCAGGAAGAGGUCAUCUACAAAACAGUUGCCCAGAACGUUUUUGUUUGAACUGCUGUUUGCCUGGCCACUAUUUCAGGGAAUGUCUUGAGAAAGCCUAUUGGAAUAAACACUGCAAUCGCUGUGAUAUGAAGGGGCAUUAUGCUGAUGCUUGCCCAGAAAUAUGGAGGCAGUAUCACCUAACAACAAAGCCGGGACCAAUCAAGUCAGCCGGUUCGCACUCUGAGCGCUCGGCUUUAGUGUACUGCUACAACUGUUCCAGAAAAGGACAUUUUGGAUAUGUAAGUCUCAGCAGUCUGCCUCAGUGUCGA